ACAUCGGCGACUGUAUCGCAAAGAAGUGCUGAUCACAGCGCCAACAAUGGCAUCAAUCAAAAGCGACACUCCCUGUGCUCGGCCUCACCGCCAGCGCCGGCACCCGUGUAUCAAAGAUCUCAGUCGCAGAUGGAGCCCAACCAGAGCCGAGUGCAGGGCAACCACCAGUCCCUCAGACACUCGAUGGAGAUGUUGAACACGUCGAUAGAGGACGAGGAGGAGGGCCAGUGGUCGACAGAGUUCGCUCGCACGGCUGUCAUCCGCAAGAGUUUGAGAGAAAACAGUCACAAACACAGUCUCAACAGUAGUAAUGAUCUGCAAAACACAUGUCAUACCAAUGAGGGCUCAACACAACUGCACAACACAUCCACAGCACCCGUCCUAUAUGUCGCUCUCUAUAACUAUAGACCGCAGAAGAAGGACGAGUUGGACCUCAAGAAAGGAGAGUUGUAUUCAGUGAGUGAGAAGUGUCACGACGGAUGGUAUAAAGGAGUGUCCGUUCGUAAUGGAUCUUCCGGUGUAUUCCCAGGCAAUUACGUACAGUUAGCCAAAUUGUCGACACAGUUGUCUCAAUAUCCGUGUCCAUUGAGCGCGAGCACCAAAUCACAGUCCAUAUUGAAUGCCAAUCCUAAUCAACACAGCAGUCAACUGCCGAAAGAGCCGCCGAUUCCCAAACCUAAGCCUAUAAUUCACGCCAAACCAUCGAUAGCUCCAUCGGCGUCGACAACCACUGCGGCGGUCAAUGAGGUGAUCGCUCAGCCGACGAGCUCACAGCCAAACACCGCCAGCACUGCCACCGAUAAUGCAAUAGUCUAUGCAAGACCACGACCCACCGGUCAACCCAUUUACGACGCGUCGAGAAAUUUGUCGGCUUUAGUGCCACCGCCGCCGCCCACUCAACGGCCCGGUCGACCACUCAGUAGUAUUUUAGUGCCUAAUACUAAGCCGUCGGACGAACGCAAUUCACCGCAGAGUCAAUUGGCUCAAGCGCUCAACCAGUCGCUACUCGUCUCCAAACCCCAGUCCGCCUCCCAGUCCUCACUCAAUCAAAGUACUCAAUGGCAUCAGCCGAAAGUGGCGGCCACGAGGAACACGAUAUCAAUGGCCACCAACACGUCGGCCGCAGCCAUAACUCCGCCGCCAAACGUGUCGGUGAUGUCGUCGGGCGGCGGGGCGUCGAUGACACCGACCAGUCAUAGGCCGCCCACCGAUCGAAAGGAAUCCAAAACGAAAGAGAAAUCAAAUUUCAUAAAACGCUUGACGUCUUCAAAGCCUAAACGCAAACAUCAGAUGAAUAAUAAUAACAAUAACUGUAAUAAUAGUAAUAAUAACCACAACAAUAGCUUUUCGUGUGAUAAUCCGUCGUUUGUGGACACGUCGCCCAACAGUGUGGCGCCCCUUCACAUCAGGUCCGGCUCCUGUCCUAACGAGUCGUUACCCGAAUUACAGUCACAUAAGAAACAGUCCUCUUUUGACGACACAAAUACCCCGACUGCUUCUCACGCCAUUUCCUCAGCGGUGUUCACGGCGUUGGGCGCAAACAGUGAGUACGAGUUGGAACUACAGGUCGGAGAUAUCGUUUACGUCCAUAAGAAGCGAGAGGACGGCUGGUAUAAGGGGACACUUCAGCGCACCGGCAAGACUGGCCUCUUUCCCGGCCCUUUCGUUGAGAGCUUUUGA